UCUCUCUCUCUCUCUUCCUCUGCCUCUCUACUGUAAUCCCAAUUCUUCAAUUUUUUCUUGGGAAAAAGCUUUUGGUAGCAGAGGCAGGAGAGAGCCCAUUGGGGGCUGGUUUUAAUUGUAAGAGAGAGAAGAGAGAUCAGCCAUUUUUUUCAUCAUACAGAAAUUUAUAUUAUAGAGAGAGAGAUCUGAGUUGGAACUUGCCUUUUCAGUGUCUGAGUUACCAUAUUUUCAAGGAUUUUCAGUUGAUUGCAUACCAAUUACAGAUUUAACCCACUCCCCCAUUUCCCUUUAAACUCCUCACUGAUCUGUCGGUAGUUUAAUUUCAUCCUCACAUUCUGUGUUUGAUCUUCGUCUUGAGGCCGCCAUGGGAGAAGCUUCGCAGAUACUGUUGCCCGAGAGUUUCCAAGGCGGCAGAGGCGAUUUCACAGAGCAAAUUUGGCUGAUAUGGGAGCUAAUCAAAGCCCCAUUGAUAGUUCCCGUGCUGAGAUUAAUGGUUUAUAUUUCACUCGCAAUGUCUCUCAUGCUGUUCUUCGAAAGGCUCUAUAUGGGAGUUGUCAUCAUUCUGGUCAAGCUCUUCUGGAAGAAGCCCGAGAAGCGCUACAAAUAUGAACUCCUUCAGGAUGAUUUGGAAGCCGGAAGCUCCAAUUUCCCCUCUGUUCUCAUUCAAAUCCCAAUGUUCAACGAAAGAGAGGUUUACAAGAUCUCCAUUGGAGCUGCUUGUGGACUUUCAUGGCCGGCCGAUCGCCUCGUCAUCCAAGUUCUUGACGAUUCUACCGACCCUGUCAUUAAGCAAAUGGUGGAGCAAGAAUGCCUGAGAUGGGCGAGCAAAGGGAUAAACAUAACCUACCAAAUCAGAGAAACCAGAGGAGGAUACAAAGCCGGAGCUCUGAAAGAGGGGCUUAAACGGAGCUACGUCAAACACUGCGAGUACGUGGCCAUUUUCGACGCCGAUUUCCGGCCGGAGCCGGACUAUCUCCGGCGAGCCAUUCCGUUCUUGGUCCAUAAUCCCGAUAUCGCCCUCGUUCAAGCUCGCUGGAGAUUCGUAAAUGCAGAUGAGUGCCUUUUGACAAGGAUGCAGGAGAUGUCUUUGGAUUACCAUUUUACAGUGGAGCAAGAAGUUGGUUCUGCCACCCAUGCCUUCUUUGGCUUCAAUGGAACUGCGGGUGUAUGGAGAAUAGCUGCAAUUAACGAGGCAGGUGGGUGGAAGGACAGGACCACAGUGGAGGACAUGGAUCUUGCGGUCCGAGCUAGUCUUAGAGGAUGGAAAUUCGUCUACCUCGGUGACCUGCAGGUAAAAAGUGAGCUUCCUAGUACUUUCAAAGCCUUCCGUUUCCAGCAGCAUCGAUGGUCUUGUGGUCCUGCAAAUCUCUUCCGCAAAAUGGUCAUGGAAAUUGUCAGAAAUAAGAAAGUUAACCUGUGGAAGAAAGUUUAUGUGAUUUACAGUUUCUUCUUCGUUCGGAAGAUCAUAGCCCAUAUGGUCACUUUCUUUUUUUACUGUGUUGUUCUUCCCCUUACCAUUUUGGUUCCUGAAGUCUAUGUUCCAAUCUGGGGAGCUGUUUACAUUCCUUCAAUCAUCACCAUUUUGAACUCAGUUGGAACUCCAAGGUCAAUUCACCUUCUGUUCUACUGGAUCCUCUUCGAAAACGUCAUGUCGUUGCACCGUACGAAAGCGACGCUGAUCGGCCUGUUUGAAGCCGGUCGAGCCAACGAAUGGGUUGUCACUGAAAAACUUGGAGAUGCUCUCAAGAACAAGGCAGCUAAUGAUGUCAAGAACAAAACAAAUGCCAAAGUGCCUAAGAUAAGAUUUAGGUUCAAGAUUGCCGACAGAAUCAACACAUUGGAGCUGGGAUUUGCAGCAUUCCUGUUCUUGUGUGGAUGCUAUGACUUUGUUCAUGGGAAGAACAACUACUUUGUGUACCUUUUCCUUCAGACAUUCAGCUUUCUGAUCACUGGAGUUGGCUAUGUUGGAACCAUCAUCCCAAGCUCUUGAAAAGUGAAAAUCAUUUCCAUUUGUUUAAUGCCCUUUUUGCUACAAAAGUUAUAUAUAUAUAUAUAUAUAUAUAUAUAUAUAUUUAUAUAUAUGGAAAAAGAAAAAAAAGUAUGUGGGGUUGGUUCUAAUAAUUAGUAAAAGUUGAUAAUGUUCUACAGAAACAGUAGCCUGCCUAACUUAGAAGAAGGGGAUUUUCAGGCAGUAGUUCAGGUAAAAGCCUCAGAUAUUGAAGAAAUUAGCCAGAGCUACUUGCAAAACUCAAGAAGAAGAAGAAGAACAUGAA